AUGAGGGAGCCAGCAAUGCCUACAGCAGUCCUCAAAAGUACCAAGUCUGGGGUGCUAGAGGAACUGAAAGGAACCAGGGGCGUGGUUUUAGAAAGCCAGAAUAAAAGGGAGAUCGGUGAGGUCAGAGGUGCAGAAGCCAGGCCAAGAAGAAACCUGGAGAUCCUGGUGUUGGAAGGACUUGAAAGACUCCGAGUCCAUUUGGAUCCCAAGACCACUUUCCACAGUCGUAACAGAGUCAACUUAGCAUGGGAAGAGAGACUAGAGGAAAACGGGACCCCAAAGGGGAGGCAGACGGAGCAGGGGUCUGAGAAGAGAGGAGGAGGUGACACAAGAGGCUCCGGGAAGGAAGUACACCACCCUCUGCUGGCAUUGCCCCAGGCACACACAGCAGCCUCCUCACAGCGGCCUACACGGCAGGCCACAGCGGACCUUACAGUCCACAGGGGCAUGGAGAGGAAGAGUUCAGGGUGCUGUGAGGCCCCAGAGAAACUGGGGCUGUCCUUCUCCAUUGAGGCUAUCCUAAAGAGGCCCACAGAGAGGAGGGAUGUAACCAGACCACAAAGUAUAGGUGGAAAGGACCCCAGGCAGGCAACCACCUCAGGCUCCAAGCUCAAGGAGCUCAAGGAUCAGCCUCAAGAAGAAAGAAAGAGCAAAAGGAGAGUUCGUACCACCUUCACCACAGAGCAGCUUCAGGAGCUGGAGAAACUCUUCCACUUCACCCACUACCCCGACAUCCAUGUCCGCACCCAGCUGGCCACCAGGAUCAACCUGCCCGAAGCUCGGGUACAGAUCUGGUUCCAGAAUCAGCGAGCCAAGUGGAGGAAGCAGGAAAAGAUCAGCAGCCUUGGUGUCCUGCAGCAGCCUGAGGCCAGCUUAGCCCUGCCAGCAAAAUUGGACAUGGCUGGUCCCCUGCUGACGCCCACUGCUUUGCCCAUGCUGGCUCCUCCCACAGGGCACUACCCCCUCGUUCAGACUCAACUGGCUUCAGCCCGGUUGCCUGCACAGAUCACCCUUGUCCCACAGCACCCAUGGGAGCUGCAGCCCCUGCCCAGCCCUCUCACCCAGCAGACCUGCAUCCCUGCCCUCUGCAUCUUGCCACCUCCACACCCCAAGUGGGGCAGUGUCUGUGCCACUUCAACAUAGGAACCAGACAUCCUCUCCCAAUGCGAGCUGCUCCCCACUCUUGGUACAGCAGGUGGCACAUGGUGCAGCGGGCCUCAGGGAAAAUCACUUCACAAUCCAAUGAUGGCCCACAGCCCAGGAGGCUGCCCAGAACACGACAUCAGAAGGCUGCACUGGCCACAGCAACCAGUCAACAGCAAAGGACAGCACCCGUCUCACUAGCCAAAGAUGGUCUCCUGGUUCAGAAGUCUGGCUGCCUGAGAGCUGGGGACAAGUUCCAGAACAGGAUGCUCUCCUCUUGCGCCCCUGCACUUUACCUGCCGUGCAACCUGCAGCUGGUCUCUUGCCCCCUCUGGACCUCAUCUGUAACAUAACAGCUGGAAAGAUGAUUUCUUUACAUGGAGGAGGAGGAACAGAGGGGCUAUGCAUUUAUGAGCCCAUCUACACAUUCCUUCCCGAUGUGUUUAUUGAGCACUGAGCACUAUGCUCCUGGAACCAGACAUAGAGCUGAACAACUCCAGGCUGCCCAGGUUGGGUGAAAGGCGGUACUACCUCUCCCUGCAAGCAGAUGCCAGUGACCUGGCACUUGGUUCACAUUUAGCACAUUCUUUUAUGACUUUGAUAUGAAAAUCUCAA